GGUUUCAUUGUACAAUACGUGCUUACGCUGUCAGUAACAUUAUAAUUUCUGACGAGAAAUAUGGGGUGUAAGAUUUUACCUCUGUUAAUCUUGGCAUUCGCCGUGGUCUUUGUCAAGGCCCAUGAUCAACAAAGAACUAUACAGAUUGGCAUAAAUAUGGCGACAAAGAUCAUGGAAGGAAUCGUGAAAUGUAUACACAAAGAUUUUGGAAUAAUACCAAAAAUAUUCAACUCUUUUAAAGACGCAUUCAAAUUAUUAAUAGGAAAACUUCCUCUCAAAAUCAUCGAAGCCAUACAAAGUGUUAAGAAACAAUUCUAUGAGUAUAUAGUAGGUGGGGUAAAGACACUGGUAUACCAUAUGUUCAAAAUCUCAUUGGAAGUACUAAUAAUCUUAUUAAAAAUAAUGAUAGCUAUAAUGUCCGGUAAAACUAAAAUCUGUAAUGGAGGCAGUGAUAAAAUUAUUGAAGAAUUUGAGAAACUAGUACAUAUUCUAGAACCUCUGUUAAGCGGUAUAGGUGGUGCAGUAGGCGGUGGUAGUUCAGGCGGUAGUGGUUCAGGCGGUAGUGGUUCAAGCAGUGGUGGUUCAGGAGGUGGUGGUUCAGGUGGUAUAGGAAGCGGUAUCGGUAUACCUGGUAUAAAGAUACCUGGAUAUUAAGUCCAAGUCUUAAGAUAAUUUAUACUUGGCGAAUUAUAUAACAAAAAUGGCAAGAAUUCAUGAACUACGAUGCGUACAUAAGUACUAAUAACAACAAAAUUCAUUUAAUCGAUGAAUGAAUACGUUAUCUAUUAUUAUGCACUUAUAUUUAUUUUAAGUAUCUGUAUAAACAUAAAAAUUAAUCAUAAUAAUGCAAACUAUUUAAAAACUGUAUAAAA